AUGUCAUUGGACAAUUUUUUUACAAAACCAAUCUAUAUUGAUCAUCCUAUUCUUGGCAGAAUUAAAAGCCUAGAACAACCGGAAACGUUAAAUAUCAGUGGCUUCAUGAGUUCGCUUCACCAAAUCAAACGCGAGUGGGCAAGAACUCCUUUUGAUCAAUUGAAUCCUGUCGCAGAGAAAAGCAAUCCUAUUUAUAUAGUUGUAGAAGGUUUUCUUCUUUUUGCUUUAUCAAAUGAUGUCACAUCAAUGUUUGAUAUUCGAAUUUUUCUUGAUUCCACACAAACUCGCUGUCGCAUGCAGCGUUUUCGACGGGAUACUAGAGUGGACCCUGCACUAUCUGAUUCACAAGUGAGAAUUACUACAAAAUUUUCUCAAUGGUUUGAUAACUUGGUUUGGGCUGAAUAUUUGCAACGGCGUGCUUUACAAAUAGCAAAUGCAGAAAAAGUCUUCAAACCUGAAGAAUAUCAAAAUAACAACUAUGCAAUCCUUGAUGCCUACAUAGGCCAACGAUUGAGAGAAACGUUUUGA